GGCACUGGUGGGUGCACUGGUGGGCACAGGUGGGUGGCACUACUGGGCACAGGUGGGCGCACUGCUGGGCACAGGUGGGCGCACUGCUGGGCACAGGUGGGUGCAUUGGUGGGCACAGGUGGGUGCAUUGCUGGGCACAGGUGGGCACACUGCUGGGCACAGGUGGGCGGAACUUGUGUGUGGCACUGCUGGGCACCGAUCAUCAGGGCACUGGUGAUCAGUGACCCUGAUGAUCGGUGCCGAUCCCCGCUCUGACAACUGCCGGUUUUCGGCAGUACUUUCCUCACGAUCUGACAGCGUGAGGAAAGUGCAGCUGAGAACCGGCAUUUGAAU